AUGUCUCCGUGUAAAGAAUUGAUCACCAAAGUUUUCCCCCACAUCGACCACGAAAUCUCAGACUACGUCAAUAGUGUGCUCGAGGAUGGAGGAGAUGACUUUGAGACAUCACAUGACCUCUUUGAUGCCAUUGGGAUGAUGCUGCAGCAGGCAGAUGAUACCAAAUCAGAGAAUGAGAUCAAGGACAUAUGUAAUCGUCUUUAUUCGCUGCUGCACAGCACGGUGAACGCAUCAAAGACUGACGGCCAGACAAUCAAUGGAUUUAAUAAGAUCCUUGAUGCCCCAGUUCAGAUGUCGGAGAUGUCAGAGGCUCCAAGCAACGUCACAGACCAUAGUAUCUGGCUAGUAAAGAAGGACAACGCAUCGGUAGUGGACCAGAAGAAACUGGACAAGGCCCACCAGAUGAUCCAGAAAAAACAGGAUAGACGUGAUCAGACAGUCAUCAAGAAAGUGGAGAGUGUUCCUGAAAUCGCCAGUGCCAGCCAACAGAUCAGCAAGAGGGAGGUGAAAAUGGAUGCGUCCGGGACUAACAAGUCAUACGAUAUACGACUGGAAAAUAUUGACGUUUCAUACGGAGACAAGGUGCUUCUGACCGGUGCAGAUCUUCACCUGGUUUUUGGCAGACGUUAUGGUUUCACUGGCAGAAAUGGCCUGGGCAAGACCACACUACUGAAAAUGCUGUCCAGUGGAUCUCUGAAGAUCCCCUCUCACAUCUCAGUGCUUCAUGUGGAACAGGAAGUGGCCGGAGAUGAGACUGAAGCCCUCCAGAGUGUCUUGGAGUGUGAUGAAAAGAGAGAAGCGUUAUUGAGAGAGGAAAGGGAAAUUACCCAGAAGCUGAAUUCCUCCAGCCCUGAACAUGAUACUUCACUGUCAACUCAGCUACAGGCCGUGUACAAGGCACUUGAAGCCAUGGAGUCCGACAAAGCUCCAGCAAAAGCAGCAAUGAUACUUAAUGGUCUGGGCUUCAGCAGUGCAGAUCAGCGGAGACAUACAAAGGAAUUUUCUGGUGGUUGGAGGAUGAGACUUGCAUUGGCCAGGGCACUGUUCACAAAACCAGAUCUACUGCUUCUUGAUGAACCUACAAACAUGUUGGACAUGAAGGCCAUUAUAUGGCUGGAGUCCUACCUGCAGAACUGGCCAACGACCAUCUUGGUGGUAUCCCACGACAGAUUGUUUUUGGACGCAGUCUCCACCGACAUCAUCCAUCUGCAGUCAUGUAAACUGGACAGUUACCGUGGCAACUAUGAGAUCUUCUUUAAAACAAGAGAGGAGAGACUGAAGAAUCAGAGGAAGGAAUACGAGGCCCAGAAACAAUACAGAGACCAUAUCCAGUUGUUCAUCGAUAGAUUCCGUUACAACGCUAACAGAGCUGCGCAAGUACAAAGUAAGAUCAAGUUACUGGAGAAAUUGCCAAAGAUGGAGCCACCAGAGAAGGAUGUUGAAGUUGUAUUGAGAUUUACUGAGUGUGAUAAGCUGUCACCCCCAAUCCUCCAGCUUGAUGAUGUGACUUUCUUCUACACAAAGGAAAAGAUUUUGUUCAACAAAGUUUGUGUCAAUGCCAAUAUGGACUCCAGGAUAUGUAUAGUUGGUGACAACGGAGCAGGAAAAACCACUCUGCUGAAACUGCUACUGGCUGACUUGGAGCCUUGCAGUGGGUUUCGUCACGCCCACAGAAACUUACGGAUUGGUUAUUUCAGCCAGCAUCAUGUGGACCAGCUAGACAUGAGUGUCAAUUCAGUGCAACUCCUGGCCAAUAGGUUUCCUGGCCAGUCACAAGAAGUGUACAGGAACCAGUUAGGUUCCUUUGGUGUAUCUGGUGAUCUGGCCCUCCGGCCAGUGUCCAGUUUAUCAGGAGGUCAGAAAAGCAGGGUGGCUUUCGCAGUGAUGAGUAUGACUAGCCCCAACUUCUUCAUCCUCGAUGAGCCGACCAAUCACUUGGACAUGGAGACAAUUGAAGCUCUUGGCGAUGCUCUUAACAAAUUUCAGGGUGGAGUUAUUCUAGUUUCCCACGAUGAGCGCUUGAUUCGAAAUAUCUGCAAGGAACUGUGGGUAGUCUCCGGCGGCAAAGUGACGUCCCUAGAAGGAGGAAUCGACGAAUACAAGCGGCUGGUCUUGAUGGAGCUUGAGUCACAUUGA